UGUUCCAUAGAGCGCGUAGUAAAUUUAGUAUCCAAAUAUUUUAUUAAUAUAAUUGUUAAAAAAAGAAGUUUUAUUAAGAUUUAUGUGAAUUUAUUUUCUGAAAACAAUACUUUCUUAAAAUAUAGAAAUAACUUUAAGAAAUAUUUUGCAAUUUUGGCGUAAAUUGUGUAAAAAAAUGUGAGGAAACAAAAUGUUUUAACCACACUGAAUUCUUGUAUAGUGUAAAAAAAAUAUUUAAAAUCAUAGAAAAAAAGGGAAGAAGUAAAGAUAAAAAAGCGCCAGUGAGUGAAUAAUCUUUUAGGGAGUUUAUUUGAUUAGUUGAGUAAAGUAAAGUUAGGUUUUUGGAAAGGUGAACUGAAAGUGACGUGAACGGGGUCAGUCCAUAAUAAUGGCGUCUCCAAAACAUAAUAGUAUUUCUUCAAAUUGUGCAAAAAAUUUAGAUCCUGAUAAUAAAAAGAACUUAUUACAAAAUGAAAAUAAUAUAAAACUAAUUAAGAGUGGUGAAAAUCACGGAAUUAAUGGAAACAAUAAUACGUUAAAUGUAAAAGAAAAAAGCAAAUAUUUGACAGUCGAAUCCAAAGGGGGUGAAGGUGAUUCUAUUGAAAAGAAUAAAUUAAAAUGCAAUUUUGUUGCCGGAAUGAAAAUUGAGUCUAGUAAAAAUAUAAAAAAUGAUUCAAAUAUUGAUGUAAAAUCGAAAUCGCAAAACAAUUUACCUAAUGAUAUAACAGCAUCAGCAACAACAAAUGGUUUUCGUGAUAUAAAAGUAAAUGGUGAAUGCAAUAACAAAGUGAUUAAAGAGGCUGAAGUUAGUAGUGUAAAAAUUAAUAAUAGCUCAACAAUUUGCAGUGUAAAACAACAAGAAAGCAACAAACUAAAAGAACAAAGCAAAAGUUCUGCUUCAGCGAAUUCUCUGGUGGUAAAUAAAAAUCAUCAUAAAGGUAAUAAUGAAUCCAAAAUGGAGGGUUCUAAAGCAAUAUUAUCCUCUUCAAAAGACAAAGAUUUGCUUAAAAUAAAAGAAAAAGAUUCCUUGAAACAUAGUAGUAAUAACAAUACACCAAUUAAGAAAGACAGCAAAGAUAGCUCUGUAAAAGAUGAAAGUGGGAGAAAUCAUAAGAAGAAAAAAAAAGAAAAAGAUCGCGAUAGAGAUAGAGAUAAAGAUCGGGACAAAACAAAAGAUAAAGAAAAAUCUAAAGAAAAACAUAGAGAACGAAAAGAACGAGAUAAAGACAAAAGUGAAAAAAGUAAAGAAAAGGAAAAAGUUAAGGAUCGUUUAGAAACUUCUGAAAAACAUCGGCCGGAAAAAUUGACAAAAGCUCGACCCGAAAUUGACAGAAGUUCUAGGGAAGAUAAAGAGGAGAAAAGGUCUGACAAAAGUAGUUUAGAAAAAGAUAAAUUAAGCAAGGAAAAGACUGAAAAAUAUCAGUGUGAAAAAGAUCGUAGUCAAAAGGAUGUAGAUGAAAAAGCAUAUUCUAAAAAGGAACAAACUCAAUUAGACAAGGAACCACGAAAUGAAAAAAAUGAAAAUCAAUUCACAUCAGUUAACAAAGUCGUUACGAAAGACCAAGAAAGUUCAGCUAAAGUCUUGUCAACCUCAACAAUAGCCUUAACAAGUGCAUAUUCAGUCGCAAAGAAUAUUUCAAAUAUCACAACUCAACCAAUAUCGUUAUUUAUUCCAAAAGAAAAAUAUUCAACAAUAUCAGAGACCGACACAUCUAAUAACAAUGGUUAUACAUUAAAUUCUGUGCCUUCAAAUAAAUCCUCAUCCGUAGUUAGUAGUUCACAAUUACCCGACAAUUUAUGUAAAACAGAAUCAAAAGAACCAAUAUCAACUAUUUCGAAAACUGAAACAAAAGAAAUAAAAAAUAAUAACUCAAUAAAAAGCGAACCAAAGGAUUAUAAAAGUGAUAUCGAUAUGCAAAUAUCUCCAAAUAUUUCCAAGGCUGACGGAGAACACAACACAUCUUUAAAUGUAUCUUUUCAAGCGCCGGAAAUUUCAACUACCAAGCUUGAAAUAAAAAAAGAAAUAAAAAUUGAGCCUCCAGUACUCCCUUUACCAACAGUUAGGUUGGAAAUUAAAGAACCACCAAGUACAAUCAUAGUGAAAAACGAAUACAACGCUUCUCCAGCGAAAAUAAUUAAACUUGAGAAAACUCGUGAAGAUGUAACACGCAUUCUCAAUUUUAAUACCAACACAAAAGAGUCUUCUCAUAAUGAAUCUUCAGACCCAAAUCUGUUGCAAAAUGAAACCGAAAACGCAGUGCCUAAAUGUGAUCUAAAACUUUUAAAUUCCUCGCCAGUUUCUUCGAAUCCUUCAGGCGGAAAUAAUAAUAGCAAUAACGGCUGCAAUAGCAAGGAAAAAUCUAUUACCUCAAACAGUACAUUAAGCCACCCUAAAACAUCUGGUCAAUUCAAUGGUAACAUAUCAAACCAAAAAGAUCCUCCAAGUGUUAGUAGCAAAUCUACAAAUCAAUCAAACGUAUUAAAAACAAAUGAAGCUAAAUCUGAAAAUAAUGCAAAUUCAAGUAGUAAUACUAGCAACAGCAGUAGCAAAGAUAAAGAUAAAGUUAAGAGGUCUGAAUCAUCUUCUUCAGGCCAUCAUCAUCAUCACCAUCAUUAUCAUUCUUCCCAUCACAGUAGUUCAUCAUCAUCAUCAUCGAAGAAACCAAGUAGUUCUAGUAAUAAUUCUGCAAGUGGUUCCAGUAGCUCUCAUCAUCACAAAUCACAUUCUUCUUCGUCCUCUUCACGACGGUCAAGUGGUAGUAGAGAUUGUUCAUCUUGCUACAAACGGUCAAAGGUACGUCGCGCAAGUAUUGGUAUCCAAUGUCAGGGUUCAAAGUUAGAUUUUCAAGAAGAAAAAGUACCUGUGAGUCAUCGCGGAAUUAAUUGUGUACAAAAUGGCUUAACGGAUUUGAAAUAUGGUCGUUAUUUUCACAUUGAGCGACAUCCGAAUGGAGGUGCUUCAAUAGUUCGACUUUAUCAAGACGAAAUUAAUCAUUUCAAUGAAGAGCAAAUGAACGAGCUUGUAGAAGAAUUUUUUGAGGUUACUUUUGCUGAAGAUGAAAAUGGCUUUGCUCACCAUGUGAUGGGUAUUGUACAUGAUGCUGCGUCGUAUUUGCCAGAUCUCCUAGAACAUAUGGCAGAUAAUUACUCAAAUUUAACUGUUAAAGCAGCUGUAUUAGGAAGAAAUUCUGACAUUGAAACUUGUACUAUGGCUCAAUAUAACGACCAAGUGGUAAAAAAUUAUUCUCAUGGAACUUUUAGAUAUGGACCUCUUCAUCAAAUAAGUCUUGUUGGUAAAGUUCACGAAGAAGUUGGAGGUUAUUUCCCAGAUUUACUAGCGAGAUUGGAAAAAAAUCCUUUUUUAAAAAAAACAAUGCCAUGGGGAGAAAAAUCAAUUCUUCAAACAGAUCCUAGAAAUUCAAAUGACGGUCCAAUUUUGUGGAUAAGAGCUGGAGAGCAGCUAGUUCCAACAGCUGAACUUAAUAGCAAAACUCCACUUAAACGACAAAGGACACGUAUAAAUGAGCUACGCAACCUGCAAUAUCUUCCACGUUUAUCAGAAGCCAGAGAAACAAUGAUAGAGGACAGAACAAAAGCACAUGCGGAUCACGUUGGGCACGGUCAUGAAAGGAUGACUACUGCUGCAGUUGGAGUUUUGAAGGCGGUUCAUUGUUUGCAUCCUUAUACUCAAAAUCGUGUCACUAAGGAUGUUGUUGCGUUUUGUGCCCAAGAUUUUAACUAUUUGGUAGAAAUGCUACAACUCGAUUUACAUGAGCCACCGAUAUCACAAUGCGUGCAGUGGAUAGAAGAUGCGAAGUUAAAUCAAUUACGUCGCGAGGGUAUAAGAUAUGCAAGAAUACAAUUAUAUGACAAUGACAUUUAUUUUCUACCACGAAAUAUAAUUCAUCAGUUUAGAACAGUAACUGCAGUAACAAGUGUUGCUUGGCAUAUCCGUUUGCGACAAUAUUAUCCAGGUCAAGAAGUUAUCAAUGAAAAAAAUAAUCCAAUAGUUGCCGAAACACCAAAUUACAAAGAAAAGCAAACAAUUUUACCGCAUUCUGUUACGGCUUCUGAAGAUAAAAAAAGCACACCUACAAAAAGAACUCAUGAUGGAAAGCCUAAAAAAGACAAAAAAAUAAUAUCGGAUACAAGACGCUCUAGUGAAAGUGGUAAUGAAGAAAUAUCCAAAGAUGAGUACAAGAAAAUUAUGAAAGAGGAGGCUAAAAUAGAUAUGAGGAAACUGGUCUUAGAUCCAAAAAUAACAAAAUCUGCAACUAAAAUUAAAUGUUCAUCACCACAAAAAGAAUAUUCCGAUACACCUAAAAAAUCUUCAUCAAACAGAAAUAGUAGCCCAAAUCGUAAAUUGAAGAAUUCAAAUGACAGCAAAACUGUUGUCAUUAUGACUAGUGGAUCAAUCACUGAAGAAGUAGCGAAAAGUCAUAAAGUGCAUAAUAUUUCUUUAAACUCAAUUCAAAAUAAUAAUGAUCACAAAAUUUCAGUUUCAUUGAAUACCGCAAACACACAAAAUGAAACAUCAAUUUCAGGAAGUAUAGUAGAUUCUGAAAAAUCUGAUCAGAAUUAUUCUAAAGUACAAAAUUCAAACGAAAUUAUGCAUAAUACUUUAAUGUCUUUUAGUCAAAAUUCUAAGAACUCUGCACAACAACCGCCUAUAUUUAAUUUAAACACUCCAAAAAAUGUAACAAUAAGUGAACCUAUGUUAUUAUCUCAAAUAAGUACUCAAAAUGAUAGUACAACGGGAAAAGAAAAUGUUCAAUCAUCUACUAUGAUUAUUAUAAAUCCAUGCUCUUAUGAAUCGCAAUCACAAACUUGUAAUGUGGAACCAAUGAGUAUAGAUAAUGAAAGCUCACCUCGCUCAAACACAUUAAUUAAUACCGUUCUUAAUAGUAAUAUAAUAGAAUUUAAUAGUUCACCUCAACCGUCUGUUAUUGUCGAAGAAAUUGUUGUUGCAACUGAAGAUGAAGGUAAAUUAAUUACAUCGACAUCAGAGCGCCAAGAUGUUAAUAACAGUAUACAACAAAAUGAUAUAGUAAGUUCCAUAAUAGCUGGUAUGGAAACAACACCAGAUAAAGCAAAUAAAAAUGAUUCAACAUCAUAUUAAAUAACAAAAUUCAAAUGCAAUGUAUGUAUUAAUGAUGUAAGUAUAAAAUAUUUUGUUCAUAUAUAUAUAUAUAUUUAUAUUUA